AUACACGACAACUACACCAACCUUUAGCAUGUGUAUUCAGUAGGGUUACAAAAACUUAAACAGUUAAAUUACUAAAAUGUAUUCUCUAAGACGUGCUUUGAUAGGUCUAUGUCGUUAUCAGAAAAUAAUUUCUGCCACAGAACCAAAUGGACUUACACAUCGAUCUGCUCUAUUAAUUAGAGACUUUGCUUCAGAUAAAAAUGACUGGUCUCGGCGUUCCCGCGAUGGAGAUGAACUUCAAGAUAAUGAAAAUGACGUCCAGGAUACCUUUCACAGACAAGGCUACAGUCGAAGACAUUCCUAUGAAAAUAAACCGUCAUAUAACAGACUUUCUACACAGCAUAGUGAUGAAAACCGAAGAAGUUAUUAUGACAGACCAAGGUUUCAGCGAUUUUCUGACAGUGGGUCAUAUGAAUCAAACAGGCACUUUGAUGGUGGAUCAUAUUAUCAGUCAAAUAAACGAUUUGAUGUUGGAAGAUUGGGUGCAGACUUGAAAGAUAAGACAUGGGACACUGGUGCUCUCUCACCCAUUGAAAAGAAUUUCUAUGUUGAAAAUACAGAAAAUCGUUUAUCACAGAGUGAAGUAGAAGCAUUUUACAAAUCACAUAAUAUAACAGUUUUGCGUGGUCAAAGACCCCUGCCUAUAUGUGAUUUUCUUGAUGCAAACUUUUCAGAGGAAAUUAAUACACAGCUGAAAAUCAACAAUUGGAUUAAACCUACCACCAUACAGAGUGUGGGCUGGCCUCUGGUUUUGUCAGGUAAAAACAUGGUGGGAAUAGCACAGACAGGCUCUGGGAAAACACUGACGUUUGUAUUGCCAGGUUUGGUUCACAUCAAACAUCAAAGACAAGUCAGGCGUGGGGAAGGACCUGUGGUCCUUGUUUUGGCACCAACAAGAGAACUUGCUCAACAAAUUGACAGUGUUGCCAAAGAAUAUGGUAAACUUCAAGGCAUUCAUUCUUGCUGUGUUUUUGGUGGACAAUCAAAACUUGUUCAACAAAAGUCCCUUUUGAAUGGUCCUGAAAUAGUUGUUGCCACCCCUGGUAGAUUACUAGACUUUCUGGAGGCUGGAACUGUUAACCUUGAUAGGACAUCUUAUGUGGUUUUAGAUGAAGCUGACCGCAUGUUAGAUAUGGGAUUUGAGCCACAAAUUAGAAAAAUAUUGGGCCAAAUCAGGCCUGACAGACAAAUGUUGAUGUGGAGUGCUACUUGGCCAAGAGAGAUACAAAAUCUUGCCCAUGAUUUCUUGGGGGAUUUUGUGCAAGUCAACAUUGGCUCUGAAGAAUUAGUGGCCAAUCCAAACAUUCGCCAGAUUGUAAAAGUCUGUGAACCCGAUGAGAAAUUUAACCUUUUGGUGGAUGAGCUACAGAAAGUUGAAAAGGAAAGAAGCAAGACUUUAAUAUUUACUCAGACUAAAUCCGAGGCUGAUUUUCUGACCAGAAGGCUGAGGAUGAAAAGGUUCUCAGCACUGACCAUUCAUGGUGGAAAAUCUCAAACAGCCAGAGAUGAAACACUAGAGAGGUUUAGAAGUGGAAAUGCCAAUAUCCUGGUUGCUACAGAUGUGGCUUCAAGAGGCUUGGACAUCAAUGACAUCACGCUUGUGGUCAACUAUGAUUACCCCAACACAGCAGAUGAUUACAUUCACAGGAUUGGUAGAACAGCUCGGGCGUCUAAGACAGGAACAUCUCUGUCAUUCAUCACAUAUCAAGACUCUGGAAAGGUUGAUGACUUGAUUAAAGUUUUAAAGAUGGCAGGACAAAAUGUACCAGAAGAGUUGCUACAACUUAAACCAAGUCCAAGAAGACCAUCACAACCAAGCAAUGGUUACAGGAAACCAUUUAGAUCUGGAUUUGAAAGAAGAAACAGCUGGUCCUAGUUUUGUAUUUAUUGUUUUUUUUUGUACAAACUUCUGUUUACAUGUGGGCUAAAGGUUCACUGAAUGAACUUAGGUUGCCAGAAACUUCAUUCUGUAAAAAAAAAUUAAUUAAAUGAACAUAAGUAGUUUAAAAUUUUUUUUAUGGAAAUCAUUAAAUGUGAAUACAUUUUUA